UCAUUUAUCUCAUGUUAUCUGAGUGAUUUCUGAAACACUUCUAGAAACUAUACUUUCAAAGUUUUAUUUCUCAACUUUUGGAUCGGUGUUUGUUCCAUCAUGAUGAAAUCAGUCUUUGUCGCAUCGUUACUUUUAUUUUCAUCUCUGUAUCUUUUUGGUGUAAGCAAAGGCGUUGCUGUUUCAAAGGGAGAUCCACAUGAUGAAAAUUCUGCCGAGAAUGCCCCAACAGAAGAGGACAAAAUCUCUCAAAUCGGAAAACAGAUUUUGUUUCUUCAGGAAUCUGUUGCUGAGAUCACCCGUUCUUUUUCAACUCUCAAGCUCAUCGCAAAGAAUCCAUCGGUGAUGGCAAAGAUUCAUGUUCCAAACGUCCUCGAAACCGAACUGGGAGAAGCUACUCAGAAACGACUCCGAAGAGAGCUCGACUCGCCAUCGACCCUUCCAACAUCGUUCCCAUCUCCUGAUCAGACAAACCAACUGGGUUUGAACCACUUUGGACCGUACUCAUGGCCAAUGUAUUCUGGUCAGUGUUUUCUGUGUCCUGCUGGUGUGCCAGGACAACGAGGUCCUCCAGGUCCACAGGGUGUCCCAGGUAGAGAUGGUAGAGAUGGUAGAGAUGCACCUGCAGAUCAUCAUGCGCAUGAAACGGGUACCCAAACAAGCCCAACAGAACCUAGCAGUAAUCCAGAAGUGCGUCCUGUAGGUAACAUGACGAGUCUUCCUGGUGCCAUCUAUAUUCGCUGGGGAAACGACGAAUGCCCGUCAGGAGCAGAUCUCAUAUAUUCAGGUACAAUUGGAGGUGCGCAUUAUACCCAAUCUGGUAGUGGCUCGAAUCAUCUAUGCAUGCCAGAUGAGCCUAUUUAUGACGAAGUAGAAACUUCUUUACAUGCUGAACGUGCUCUCUUGUACUCUUCAGAAUACCAACUUAGCACAGGUCCGUCACGCAUCCAGCCGAUGCAUGACCAUACCCCGACAUGUGCAGUCUGCAGGGCGCCCUCUGGCCGUCCAACCAAACUGAUGAUUCCUGCCCGGAAUGUGUGUCCAUCUGAAGAUUGGCGUUUGGAGUACGCUGGGUACAUCAUGUCUGAAAAAUACACACAUAAGAGAUCGGAAUUUGUGUGUGUGGAUCGAGAGAUGGUUCCUACAGCGGGAACCCAUGGAGAUCAAAAUGGCGUACUCUUGUACUUAACAGAAGUUCGAUGUUUGGUGGGAGGUGGUUUGGAUUGUGGGCCUUAUAUCGAUGGUUACGAAAUUACAUGCGCAGUUUGCACUAUCUAAACACAAUUUCUUAUCUGCAUAGACAACUAUAAUUCGUUUCAUUCUGAUUUUGCAUUACAGUUACAAAGAAAUUAAAUCAAUUUAAGACAUUAUUUACACAACCGUGGCCAUUAAUCACAUUAUAUGAUGUACCCAUCUUUUAUCCACAGUCAUUGAUUGCAAGAAUCUAAAUUAUUGAAAAUGCAAAAUUUUGAAUUGUAAAAAUAAUGUUUGAUUUAUCUCUUUAUUCCAAGAGAUGCUUGGGGUCAUUGUAUAAAAAGUGCUUGGAACAACUUCUGAAGGUUUCCAUGGCGAAGAAAAAUAAUGUACACCGUGAAACCUAAUAUGCUUGGAACAACGUGUUGGAACGAAAUGAAAAAUGUAUUUAAGCAGUAUUUGCUGAGAAAUAACGAUGUUUACAACAGUUUGUCUUUAAUUGUUCUUGAUUGAUUGAUUGAUUGAUUGAUUUUAUUUGGCAAGUCACCAUAACAUAUAUACAGUCGCAUUAAAACAACAGGCUUGCACAGGAUGACCCACGAAAGCUCGAAAGCUUAUUUCCAGAGGGGUCCUCAAUAUACAGAAUUAAGAUAAUAAAAUGUUAAAAUUAUACUAUUUACAUAUUAAAAAUGAAGAAAAAAAAUCAGAAUUUACUAUUACCAAUAAAUAAGAUAUAUAGACAAUAAAUAAGAUAUAUACAAGAAUAUAACGAAGAAGAAGGAGAAAAGAAGGAGAAGGAAGAGGAGGAACAGAAGAAGAGAGGGGACGAGGAGUAGAAGGAGACGGAAGAAACUGAUAACGAAGGGAAAUAAAUAAGGAGAAGAACAACAGCAUAAACGUGACGACAAUAACAACAAGAAGAGGAGAAUAGGAAGAAAUAAAACAAAUAGAAAGAAUAGAAGAAAGGACAAAUCGAAGCUUCAAUCAAACUAUGUAAAAUACAUAAUAAUACCUAGUAGAGAAGAGAAAAGAACUAGGUCAGUAUUCAGGCUAAAUCAACCGUACAACAUAUCAUUUGCAUCUUCUUUUUGACUCUCAAGUGAAAGAUAUUCUUUCAAUUUCCUCUUAAAAUGCAAAAAGUUUCCUAUUUCCUUUAUAUCAUUGGGAAGGGAAUUCCAAUGUUUUAUAGCAUUGUAAUAAAAUGAGUUACCAAUACUACCUACCCUUUCUGGUAAGCAAAAAUUGAAAUGGCUGUUACUUGUAUUAUAGUUAUGUAUUUCGGUAACUAGAUUAAAGUUUGAUCCAAUGUAAUGAUUCGAUCUAUUGUGAUAGAUUUUAUGCACGUGGUGCAAAAUAAGCUGUUUUGAUCUUUUGUUGACUUCAAGAAAACCUGCUCCAGAGAGUUCGGUGUAGCCAACAUGGGUUCUGGGACCAGAACAGCUAAUGAAUCUAACCAUUUUAUUCUGUAUAAUUUUCAACUUCUUUUUAUCGAGUUCGCUUAUGCCACUAAACCAAGCAGGGUUGGCAUAGUCAAAUAAACUCUGAAUAAGAGCAAAACAGAGAAUACGCCUUGCUUUUUGAUCCAUACAACUUUGAUACCUGUACAAAAAUUUCAAACGGGCAUUCGCCCUUUUUACGAUUGAUUCUACUAAAGAUGAAAAUGAAAGGGAGCUAGUCAACUCAAUGCCUAAAUACUUUACAGAUUCUUUCCUAUGAAUUAUCUUAUUAUUGUAUGAUACUUCAAAUUCAAAUGAAGUUUUAUGAUUACUUUUAGAACAAAACAGAAUGCUUUCGGUUUUGCCUAAGUGUAACGAUAAUCUAUUAUCAGUCAUCCAAUCGACACAUGUAGACAGCUGUUCGCUAAGUUUUUCCUCAACAAAUUUUGGGUUGGCAUUUGAACAAAGUAGUACGCUAUCAUCUGCAUACAAUAAUAAUUUACAGUCAGCUUUUAAACAAAUAGACAUGUCAUUGAUAUAAGUUGAAAAUA